GAACACAGGACGCAGUGGUCACAUCACUCGCGCUGCCAGGCUAGCCACCAGCCUGGGCCAGUCCAAGCUCCAGCUGACCUGGGCUCAAAGGCAGCGCGGCUCGCGCUGGUCCCCCGCCGCCCUCCUGCGGUUCCUCCUGCGGGAGCGACCUCGCCCCACACGAGACCACCGCUCCCGGGCUGGCCGCGCCGAGGGCCCAGGGCUCAGCUGGGCAGGAACCAAGGGCGGAGAGCGGCCUGAGUCUCGGGGCGCGGCCACCCAUCAACCUGGUUUCAGCGGUGUGCGCCGUGGUUGUCCAGGCCCGACGCGGGGCCAGUAAACCCGCCGGGCUUAGCGGACACGCCUCCUUGCCGGGCAAACCUCGCUCCGGAGGAGAAAGGGAGAAGCGAGGCGAGCCCUGCGAGGCGCGCCCGACACAGGCGGGGCUGGAGGGACAAAGGGGUGCCCUCCCGAGCUCUCGCCACCGCGCCGAGGUUCAAGGCAGUCAAGGUACAAAAGCUCCGGCAGGAAAAUACCCUGCGGGGUCCCCGCAACGGAGGGGAGGGGGAACGGCCCCGCCCAGGCCCGCCUCGGACGUCGUGCGUCAGCGUGCCCGACUCCGGGCUCCAAUUUCCGCUCCUCCUCCCGCCGGCUGAGAGGACACGCCCAUCGGCACGCGCAGGCCCCAAGGCCUGGUGGGAGCCUCUGGCUGUACGGAUUGGCCCGGCUGAGUACUCACGGACCAAUGGCGCCGGCCCUGGUCCUCAGCCACGCCCCCUCACCAGGCGCGGGCACGCGACCGCUAUCCCGCCGGUGCGCGCUCCGGGAUCCCCGCCCCCUCCGCGUGCGCAGCUCCCUGCGGCCGCCGCCGCCGCCUGUAACCUGCGCCGCCAGGAUGUGGCUGGGGGCUGACGUCGGGUCCAGAUGUGGCCCCGGCCCCGCCCACCCCCGGGGCCGGGCCGCCCACACCGAGCCGCGGCGCGCACGGCGGCUGUCCCGCCUGCCACAAUGCGCGGCGAGGCUGCGGCCACGGCUCGGGGAGGUCGUCCCUAACGUCGCCGCUCGGCAUCCAUAGGACAGGCCGCCACUGACGCCGCGCCGGGGACCCUACUCGUCCGCGCCCCCCAUGCGCUCACUCUGAGGUGCCCAGCCGGGCGGGCGCUUAGCAGACGCGGAGCAGCGCGGGUGACGGCAGAGGCGGCUGCGCGCCCAGCCCAGCCGGCGGAGAGGGCGCGCCGCGCCCCCGCCCCCCGCCCGCUCUCCGGAGGCCGUGGGUGCGGAUGCGCUGCUGACGACUCGCAGCGACUAGCAGUCUCCCGCCUGCCGGCUGGAGCCCGCACCAUGGCAGCCGCCGCCUAUGUGGACCACUUCGCCGCCGAGUGCCUCGUGUCCAUGUCGAGCCGCGCGGUCGUACACGGGCCGCGAGAGGGGCCGGAGCCGGGACCCGAGGGCGCGGGCGCUGUCGCCGCCACGCUGCCCCACGUCGAGGAGCGCCGCGACGGCAAAGACAGCGCCUCGCUCUUCGUAGUGGCGCGGAUCCUGGCGGACCUUAACCAGCAAGCACCGGCACCCGUCUCGGCGGAGCGCAGAGAAGGCGCCGCCGCCCGGAAGGCGAGGACCCCCUGCCGCCUGCCGCCCGCGCCGCCACCCGCCCCCGAGCCCGCCUCCCCCGGUGCUGGAGGCGCGGCGGCCGCGCCUCUUAGCCCGGCGUGGAGCGAGCCCGAGCCCGAGCCUGAGGCGGGUCUGGAGCCCGAGCGAGAGCCGGGGCCCGCGGGGAGCGGCGAGCCCAGCCUCAGACAAAGGGGCCGGCGGGGCCGAAGUCGCGCCGACCUCGAGUCCCCCCAGAGAAAGCACAAGUGCCACUAUGCGGGCUGUGAGAAAGUUUACGGGAAAUCCUCGCACCUCAAGGCGCACCUGAGAACUCACACAGGUGAGAGGCCUUUCGCCUGCAGCUGGCAGGACUGCAACAAGAAGUUCGCGCGCUCCGACGAGCUGGCACGGCACUACCGCACGCACACAGGCGAGAAGAAGUUCAGCUGCCCCAUCUGCGACAAACGCUUCAUGCGCAGCGACCACCUGACCAAGCACGCGCGCCGCCACGCCAACUUCCACCCGGGGAUGCUGCAACGGCGCGGCGGGGGCUCUCGGACCGGCUCGCUCAGCGACUACAGCCGCUCGGACGCCAGCAGCCCCACCAUCAGCCCGGCAAGCUCGCCCUGAGCACCCGCGGGGCGGGGUGGGGCGGGGCGGUGCGGGUCCUGCGGCACAGCCCGCCCCAUCCAGAGGCACUGCCCCAUUCCCCCGCCCGAUGUGGGCCCCCCCCCCCCCGCCCCCGGUCCCAAGGCAUGGCCCCGCCCCGCGGCACCGCCUGAGGACCCGCUGACCCUCACGACAGCCAUGAGCAGAUGCUCUCAUUUCCUCCCGUGAUUCUGUGUCUUUUCCUUUUGUAAUAAGAAUAGAGAGAACUUUAUGAAGUCAACGACAGCAACGAAAAAAACAAUUUUCUUCACCUCAGGUGUCAAAGUAAAUUUGUAAAAAAAAAAAAACAACGAAAAAAUUCCAAAAAACACCAUCCACAGUUGCACAAGAGACAUACCAUGAAGGUGAGAUUCAGCGGUGUUGAACCCCCCCUUUCUCAGGGAUGGACAUGUUCCACGAGGUCAGUGAGGACACCCCCUUCCUGCCGCCUUACUCUGUACAUAGAUUUGCACUCUGGAGUUUUCUUUUAGGUUCGGGCACACACUGGGGCAAGGCAGCGCAGGCAGAGCUCAGCGUGGGCAGCGGGUCAGCCGGUGGGCAGUGUAGAGCAACUUUGGCUACUGACCUUGUGCUUCCAGGGCAGACCCCUGAGCAGGGCCUAGCUCUCUCUUCCUGUCCUCCUGCCCAGGCUCAGCCUGGGAAGCCGGUGCAGGCUCAGAAUACAGGCGGCUCAAAGGGACUUACGCCAUGAUGGGCAAAGGAGCACUCCCCAGGGAGUGGGCAGAAGUCCUGGCCCUCUCUUGGGUGCCUCUUGCAGUGCUGGAAGCAGAUGCAAGCUCGGGUUCGGCAGGCUGCUGCUCGGUCUGAUAUCCACAUAGCCAGGGGUACAAGCCCUGAGGUGGUUCAAGCACAGGGCCACCCGUUGCUGUGUUCCUGCAGAAGUCACUGGGGACCUUCCACCACUAUACCACGUUCUCUGACUGGCCUUCCACAAAGGGAAGUGUCAUUGGUGCAUCCAGUUCCCAUGUUCUCCAGACCACCCCUGCUCUCAAGACACCGUUGUUUGACCUGGUGGAUAGAGGUGGGCCACUCUCCCAUGUGCGGAGCUGUGCGUGUAACCACACUUGGCACUUCAGAGAGACUGUCCCACGCCAAGAGACUGGAACAUUGUGACUUGGGACUUUGGGGGUGUGGCGAGGCGCAUGUUAUAGGAAAUGAGGUCGGAGAAUGUGCAUUUCUCUUUCUUCUGGGGGCAACACUGGACAAAAGUUGUGGGAAACACUUUUCUCAGACCCAUUGUGUCCCCAUCUUAGAAUUAGCGAACCCCCAGCUUCUCCACAAGCUCUUUGUGCCCUGGACCCCUCCCUCCUCUCUGGCUUCUUCCCCCCUGCCUGUGGGGCACCAGGGUGCAGGGGCCCCAUUGCCAGCCUUCCCAUGCUAAAAGAGGAGGGGUGGAGAUCCUGGACAUUUCUCCCAGAGCCCAGACCCUGGGUGGGUCAGGCUGGGCUCUAGCGUGCCCCUCUGUGGACUCCUCUGCCCAUUGCCCAGGGAGUUCCCUUCCUCCAGGGAGUUGGGGCCUGUAAAUAAAGUCCCCUGGACAGUGUGUGUGUGGGUGUGGGUGUGUGUGUGGACGUGUUGGGGCAAGGGUGUGGGUUUGGGAAGGACAUGGGGUAUCUUACAGAGACCUCUCUUCAUUUUGAUAAGGAGGAAUGACCCUUGGGACCUCAGAGGGCUGUAAGUGGGCUUCCCUGAGCCCAGAGUGCCUUGGUUCUGGCCAUCCUGCUUCCACCCCUACCUGAUCACGGAGAAGGGUGCAGCACAGAGAAGCCCCAGAGACCCCAGCUCAGCUGGUGCUCAUAGCUUCUGGGCAGCUCCAGAGUAGAUGGGUGCCUUCUGUACAUAGUGACCAGGGGUGGCAGUCUGCCAUCUGCAACAUUCUGGGCCCCCAUUUCUCACUCUACUCUGUGUCACCUGGGAUUGGCCAGUGGUGUGAUGGUGGCUUCUGAGUAGCAUGAUAGGUACUAGGUUGGGCAGUAGCGUUGUUCUUGCUGUGGGUGGGAAUAGUGUGGGAUGUGCACCUGGUUGGGUGCAGAGCUGGCUGCCCUGGCUCUGUUUGGGCUGCAUGACAGCCCUGCUUGCAUUUGGUUCAGGAGAGAGAACGGGAUAUGCUACGGACAUGGGACAGAGCAGUGCCCUGAGUACCUGGGCCCGGAUCCAAAGAGAGGUCCAGCAGUGCCCUCGGAGGUCCCUCCCAAAGUUGUUUCUGUGUGGGGCAGAGAAAGCCACACUCUGAAAUACAUUUCAUGACUCAGGAACUCACAUUCCAAGUUCAGGAAUUUUAUUCCAAAGUCCUUUGGUGCGCUCACUGCCCAUGGGUCCCCGAAGGCAGGGAGAGGGGCCUGUGUGUCUCUGGGAGGCCACACGGUGCAUCCCCUGGAGGGGCCAGGUGUCUCCUUGUGACCUGCCCACUGCACUGCAGAUGGAGACUUUCUAAACCCACGUCUCUCUGCACAUAGAAAGGGGGAAAAGGACUCUAAACCAAGUCAUCUUGGAAUAAAAGAAGAGCUGGUUUGUUUUAGAGGUGGGAUGGGGGGUGGGGGAGGGAAAGUGGGCGUUUGCUGUUUCCAAAGAGAGCACUUAAUUUAAUUUUUCCUCUAAGUGACCCAGGGCUGUUCCGUCUGGUAGAUGGAAGGGUAACAUUGCCUUAAAACAGAAAUAUGCAGGUGUUGGCUAUUUUUGGCAGAUGAGCGCGUCUUCAUUCCCAAAGUAGUUCUGGUCUAAUGGCAGGGUGCGGUCCUUCCAAAGUUGGCCUGGCCUGGGAGAUGGGCCACUGUUCUUCUGAUUUGGGGCACUUGGAGGGAAUUCCUGCCCAGCACGCCCAGCACUUGGCCUGGGGCACUAGCCAGCAGGCUGUCCUGACUCAUCUGGGGCUAAAAUUUAUCUCACUUAAAGGGUGGGAAAACUCCAUGAAUCUCAGGCUAGGUUCGAGUGGGCUCUUGCUGGCAUCUCAUCAUCAGGGUGUGGGGAGUGCAUGUGGAAGAGAGUGGUGGGCCCUGGAGAGCUGCCCUCGCCCAGGCCCCCACAGCAAGCAGUUCCACAGGGAACUCUUGAGCAGCCUGCAUUUUUUCUAGGAUGUAGAGUGUCUUCCCAGCCUGGGUCUGUUUCAGGGUCUUUCAUUUUUCUGGUUUAUGGCCAUGCUUGCUGGCUUCAGUGUGAGGAACACAUAGGACUCCUUAGAAACAAUAGUGAAAACAAACCUUUAUUUUGCAGCUGACCCCAGUUCUCAAGCAGGCCCGAGGGGCAGAGAUCUCCAGAUGAAGGUUUCCGGAGUGAAAGAGGGGUUCCCCUUCAAAAAAAAAGGAGAGACUGGCUUUAGCCAUGCCCCAAACAAGGAAGCCCUUUCUGCAUCAAUCAUAUUAGGGUUGUCGGCUCUCCAUAUGCCUAUCCAAGCCUGCAGCCAUCUGGGAAGAUGAAGCCCCUUCCACAAAGGACCCUGGGGUCCUCUCCUGUUGGGUGCUACAUAGGAAUGGGCAGUGAUGCCCUUGAUGGGGAUGCGGUCCUGGAGGUGCCCUACCUGUACCCCACCUGCAGCCCUUGAGGUGCAGGAAAACUCCCUUUUAUUCUGAGGCCAUGCAUCCGGGCAGGUGCAGGAUUCGCCAGGGUGCAGCCUCCAGGUGCAAACAUCACAGCGCUGGGGUCCCCAGACCAUGGAAAGUGAUGUGAAGGUGGGGACAGCCAGGCCACAGGUGGCCCCCAGCCUGCUAGUUGGGACAUGUAGACAGGGCAGGUGGCUUUCUGUGGUCCAAGUGAAGGGGGACAGAGGUGGGGUCUCCAUUCGUCUUCUGCCCCCAGCAUAGCGUCUCCAGAAGACCCGGCUGCUUUUCUUGCCAGAAGCAGGUGCUAAGGUGGCUGCCCAGGGUCAGAGCACUCCCUGGACUCGCCCCUUGAUCUCAGCAAGCGGGUGUGCCACAGGGAAGCAUGAUCUGAGCAAUAGCGUCCCCUCAUUUCUUAACUCCUGGUUUCGGCUGUGUUUACAAGGCUACCUGAAUUUUUUUAUUUCAGACAGCUAUCACUGAUUUUUUUUUUUAAACCCUUUUUACAGAGUCAUUCAAAGACUCAGUACUGAAAGAUUUGAAGGGCCCUGAUGUAUCGGUCACGUUGCAACCUGUAAGAAAAUCUUUGCAGGUCACCCACAUCUUUGCUCUCCAAAGAUUCCAUGUAUGAUUGUGGUGACUUAUUUUCCAAAGCUAAAAUCAUGUGGGCUGACACUUCUUUGAAUUCAGGAUUGCCCUGGGAAAAGCCAGAUCCUAUAACUGAUUUUCCUGAUUCUGAGGCUGGGUUUCAAAGGUUUGUCCCAGACACAUUCCAGAGAAUUUUGUACCAGAAUUUGGAUGCACAAUCCAGCUUACUACUGAUAAAUGCUGAACCUUGUUUAGGGAGAGGCCCUCCCCCCAACCUGCUGUUCUUUGUCUUAGUUGUUGGAAGAGUUGGAUUUGGUGGGAGCCAUGAGCCUCGGGGACCACACUUGGUUUCUACUGACCCCCUGUCAUGAUAUGGGACUUGCAGUGUGCCACCUGGCCCUGCCCAGCCUCUGCCCUUCUCAUGCAGCUUUAAAACCAUACUACUUGUAUUUAAAGAUGAACAGGAUGGGAGAAAGUGGUGUUCCCUGCCCUGUGCACCAUGCAUUUCCCCUGGGGCGGGGGGGGGGGGGGGGGCACAGGAAGCAUGGGGGCAGGGAAGGGAAUGCAAGAGCAACUUUCUCCCAGAAUUGGGGAACUCUUCCCAGUGACAUGGCAACAGGCUGCUGCACAUGCUCCUUUGGAAACCAAGUGUGUGAACUGAAUGCCUGCUAAGCAUCCACAGGCCUGGGUGAAGGCUGUCUCUCCCACUCAGCACAGGGGUGCCUGUGCUGGACCCCUCCCUCCCCAGCCUGCCCCCCAUGGAGCAGGAGACCACCUCCCACGGUGGCUCAGACACUGGUUAGAUGGGGCAGCAUCCAUUCCUGGGUCAGGGUGCCUGUCUCUGGGUCUGUGGUUGGGAGGCUUUGCCCCCAGGCCACACUCUGAAGAGUCCCUUGUGCCAGGUCCCAAGGACCUUGAGGGCUGGAAGGCAUCACUCUCCUGAGCAGCUGUACAUUGUCCGGCACGGGCCAACUGUGGCUCCCAAGGGGCCGGAACUACUGUGUGCGAGUGCUGCGCCCACAGCCACCCGGACUCCACACAGACAGCCCCUCCCCCGUCCAAAGCCAUUGAUGGAGCUUCUCUGGAAUUGUUUGCCAAAAUCCCAAGGUAGAAUCCAAGGGUCCAAGACCAUUUCCAUCAAGUACACAUUUUCCUUUUCUGUAGGAACGUUUUUUGUUGUUUUUAUAACCAGCACCACAUCAUGCUUCCGAAGACUGCAUUUCAUCUUUCCUGGAUCACUACAGUGAAGUAUUACAGUUGUACAGUUUCCAGUCUGGCCUUGGCUUGCUCGGAUAAAACUUUGUAUGUAUUUUGUAAGGCAUAGAUUCUAUAUUGUAAUGAUGUCCUAUGCAAAAAGAAAAAAAUUAACUAAAAAUUGUAAAUUUUAUUGUUUUAACGUGUAUGCAUGUUUAGUGAUGUUUACAUUUUGAAAUAAAAUUUAUGAUUCAUUA